AUGGGGGAGGUAACUGUUCCCAAAAAAUUACCGGACAAUUCUCAUCAUGUCGUUGUAAAACUGGAAACCAUCCAUGUUCCGGCUACCUCGGUUGACACGUCACCGUUCUCUCACGAGUUUAUCUCCUAUGAGUUCACACCAAAAGAAGAUACCGCUCUUGUGGCGGAGAGGAUCAAGUACGCCAGCAUUGUGGUAACGACUACCGUGCCGAUAAAUGCUCAAACACUUGGUGAAGCGCCAUACCUAAAAUGUGUCAUAACAGAAACAGCAGGCACAAAUCAUAUUGACGUCGAGGAGUGUGAAAGGAGAGGAGUUGCUAUAUACUCGGCGCCAACUGCAGCGGCGGAUGCGGUCUCAGAACAUGCCCUCGGCUUGUAUUUUGCCACUCGACGGAGCUUUGUGUCAGUUCAUAACGCACUUUAUGACUAUGGCCCCUCCCGGGCUAAUGGCUGGAAAACAAACGGGAGUCUAUCAUCUAUUAUCAAGGACAGCAAGGGGCAACCUCCCCGUAGCAGUAAGAAUGAAACUGUGGGCAUUUUUGGAUACGGACCAAUUGGCCAGCGCAUAUCCAACCUCUGCAAGGCUUUGGGAAUGAAGGUCAUCGUCGCUGGCCGGAAAGACUCAAUGAGCCACGAUGAUCCUACCCGCGUUCCCUUUGCAGAGGCGGUUAGUGAGGCUACCGUUCUGUACAAUAUUUUGCCGCUACUCCCACAAACUCUUGGCACAUUUGGUCCUGCCGAAUUCCAAAAAAUGAGAUCAGAUGCCAUCAUCAUCAAUGUCGGACGGGGUGGUACUAUCGAUGAGGCGGCUCUAUUCGAUGCACUUUCCGAGGGCCGAAUUCAUGGAGCAGCAACUGAUGUCUUUGAAAAGGAACCUGCGGGAUGUGCAGAAGAUAGUGUUCUUCUUAGCGAGGAGGCGAAGCGGUUGAAUCUCACGCUCACACCACACUUGGCCUGGUGUGCUGAUCAGACCACUAUCAAUCUCCAGCAAUCACUGAAGGAUAAUAUUAGGGAAUAUAUAGAAAAGUAA